AUGACCCUCUCUGCCGCAGAUCCGGAUCCCCGUCGUCUUCCCUCCAAUAUCCCGCUGCGGACAAUUCCCCUCCAGGGCGAAUACUCCCGGCAGUACAGCCAGCAACAGCAGUACCAAUACAGCUACCACCAGCAACAACCUGACGACGACGAUCUUAGCUCUCUUGGAAGCUGGACAGACACCGGUGACAUUGGAGACCAGCACGCCGAUGACGACGAUCCAGUGCGCAAACACCUAGAAGAACAGGGAGCUCUCAGCGACCAGAUCCUGGUUGGUGUGCUGAAGCGCCAGCAUAAUCGAGCCCGUUCGAGGUCAUCAUCGCCAUCUUCAGGUAGUCGGUCCUCGUCGCAAGACCGCGCCAGUCUUCGCAAAGAUAGGAUCCGGAUACCUACCGUUGCGCAUCGCGAGGUGCCCUGGGCUGAGCGUCUGCUCGCUGCUUUCAUGAUGGGGCGCUCUAAGGGAAUUCAUGGCUUGACAGGCAAGCCUUUGCUAUAUUUCACCUCUAUUUUUGUUUCGUUAGGGGUCUUCCUCUUUGGAUAUGACCAGGGUGUUAUGUCGGGAAUUAUUACAGGGGAGUACUUCAAGGAGUACUUCCAUGAUCCCACAUCAGCCGAAAUCGCAACCAUGGUUGCCAUCCUCGAAAUUGGUGCUCUCAUAUCCUCUCUCCUGGUUGGGAGAAUCGGUGAUAUCAUUGGACGCCGAAAGACCAUUCUGUACGGGUCAUGCAUAUUUUUUGUUGGAGGUGUUUUGCAGACAUUUGCCCACUCCAUGGGUAUGAUGAUGAUUGGCCGAGUCCUUGCUGGUGUUGGUGUUGGCAUGCUGUCAACAAUCGUUCCAGUUUACCAGUCGGAGAUCUCGCCACCUCAUAACCGUGGUCAUCUCGCAUGCAUCGAGUUUUCUGGGAACAUCAUUGGGUACACAACUUCGGUUUGGGUGGACUACUUCUGCUGGUUUAUCAAGGGCAACUUGUCGUGGCGGUUACCUUUGUUCAUGCAAUGCAUCAUGGGUGCCCUACUCGCUGCAGGCAGCCUGAUCAUCGUAGAAUCCCCCAGAUGGCUUUUGGAUAACGACCAUGACGAGGAGGGUAUGGUGGUGAUUGCCAACCUAUACGGUGGAGGAGAUAUCCACAACCCUCGUGCGCGAGAUGAGUUUCGUGAGAUCAAGCUCGACGUCCUCCUUCAAAGGCAGGAAGGCGAACGAACAUAUCGCGACAUGUUCAGACGCUAUGGGAAGCGUGUUUUUAUCGCCAUGUCAGCUCAGGCGCUCGCCCAGUUCAACGGGAUCAAUGUUAUCUCCUAUUACGCCCCGCUUGUAUUUGAGCAAGCUGGUUGGCGUGGUCAUGACGCUAUCCUCAUGACAGGUAUCAACGGCAUCACUUACUUCCUGUCGACAAUCCCGCCAUGGUACAUAGUAGACCGAUGGGGGCGGCGGCCGAUUUUGCUAUCCGGAGCCGUCGCUAUGGCCAUAGCCUUAGUACUCAUCUCGUACUUCAUGCACCUCAACAUCUCGUCGACACCAAAAAUCGUUGUCCUUCUUGUCGUAAUCUAUAAUGCCGCAUUCGGUUACUCAUGGGGCCCGGUCCCUUGGCUCUACCCCCCUGAAAUCCUGCCCCUGAAGAUACGUUCCAAGGGUGCUAGCCUAUCGACAGCAACCAACUGGGCAUGUAAUUGGCUUGUGGGCCAGAUGACGCCAAUUUUGCAGGACUGGAUCACAUGGAGGCUGUAUUUGAUCCACGCCUUUUCUUGCAUCGUCAGUCUGGUUGUUGUCUAUUUCCUUUACCCCGAGACCCGCGGUGUCCGUCUCGAGGAGAUGGACGCCCUCUUUGGAGACGAAAAUCGCACCCAAAGCUCUGGCGAAUCCGACGCUCUUUUGCGUCCUGGCUCCUCAGACGGCAUCGGCCUUAGUCAUGGCAAUGACGACAGCAAGUAUUCAGCUAGUCAUUCUGGUGGUGGUAGGAGAAGCGUCUUCAAAGCAAUGCCAGACAAGCUUGAGCUCAUUCAUGCCUACCGAAAGCUCUUACGCGCCGGGCUUCGGGCGGUGCAGUUUUCGCAACCGUCGCGAUGGUCGUUGACACAGCAGUUGCGCGCAGGAUUUCGUGAUCCCAACGGCAAGUUUGAGCCAGAGCGCAUUCGGCGUACUAUUUGGUUUUUCAACGCCGCAGCGCAGCAGCGCGGGAUUGAGCACCGAAUCCUCAAGAACCUGUGUCGCGUGCAUUGGGAGCGGUUUAGCCCCACGCGGACGCCCACAUGGAAGUCGGUGCUCAAGCAGCAGGAGAUGAAAGCUAAACAGGAGGAGAAGAUGAAGGGAGCGAAGGGAAGGGACGAUGUCAUCAGUGGGACGGAGUACGAGCACUAUGAGCGAACCAUUGCCAUGCUCAAUGACACGAUGCAUCUGUGUCUGAGAUGA